CUCCUCCAUUUCUAUCACCACGUUCACCACCACCACCAAAUCUCGUUUCUGUAACACAAAACAACCUCUUCCUUCAUUUUCAUCUUCUUCGUGAGGAGGUAGAAGAUUCAUUUCUUUUCUGAUUUAACUUGUUUCAGUUUUUUCCACCAUGGCAACACAAGUUUUGCAGCCACAGGACUGUUUAACCGAACGGUUCAGAGCUUCUCCGGCGACAAGUUCCCGCCGGGGUAACAACUGUAGAAGUUAUUACUACAACAACAACAACAAUCAUGCUGCGGCGGCGAGAUCUUCUUCCUCUUCUUCUUCUUCUUCUUACUACAGGAAGCAAGUUACCCGACCCGACCAGAAGAAGCGGGUUCACGUGAGUUCCGGCCAGUUAGAGCAAUCAAACUGUGGUACGGUCUCGAAGAGAUCUAGUUCUGAUGAUUCUAAGGUGGGGAGGAGCAACGGAUUGGGUUCGGAGAAGGUGACGAUUCUCCGGAGGGGCAAGUCGCUGGACUCGGCGCCGGUGAAGAGCGACAUCAUGUACGCUGGAUCUGCGUGUGCGAUGUCUCCGGCGCCGAGCGCGCUUCCUCUGCCAUCUUUUUCGACGAGGAAGCAGUCGCCGGCGGCGUUUGAUGACUCUGCGACGCGAGAUCUGAGGCGUUUGUUGCGUCUUGAAUGACGUAGAAUAAACUCUUGUACUUACUUUUUCUAUCAAGCCCCUCCCGGGUUCAAGUUCUGACCCGACCGUGAUUAUUUUUUUAAAACGGAAAGGGUGGAUCUGAACUAGGGGAGAAAAGCUUGGAGUAGCGUAAGGUAUGAAGUAUGAACGAACCAUGUGAAGUUGUGAUGUUAUUUGUUUAGGUUUAAGUUUAAAUUAUAAUUAGGGUUGUUACUUGUUACUACUACUAGUUAGUUAAUGGAAAAGAAGAAGAGGGAGAAGCAGAUUGUGAAUUAGGUGAUUUGGGUUUCUGGGUUUCGGCUCUGGUGUGAAAUUGCUAGCUCCUUGUACACUGUUUGACUGUUUGUAAAGUGAUUACUACUCUUAUGAAGAUAUUAAUUUUAGUGGAUUUCAUGAAAUUUUCUUUUUUCA